AUGAUGAGUACCAAGCGCGCCGAAGUCCUCCUAGGAAGUGGAAAUUAUUUCCAUUGGGAGUUCAAUAUGAGGAUGUCGCUCGCCAGAAAAGGACUGCUGGCGCACGUGGAGGUGGUCAAGGCGGAGAGUGAGAUAACGGAAGCUUGGUUAGUAAAUGACGCAAAGGCUCUCGGCAUCAUCGCGCAGGGUGUGGAACUACAACACCAGACAAAGAUCCGUUCGUCGACGCGUGCUAUUCAAGCGUGGGUAACACUUAGGGAGUUCUACAAUCGCACUACACUCCACAAUCGGGUCACGAUGACACGGCGCCUCCACGAAUUCAAGAUGGAUGCUGGAACGGCCAUGGCAAAGCAUUUGGACGCUUUCGACAAGCUCGUUGUCGGUCUUCAGACGCUUGGAGAGCCCGUCGACGAGGCACGGCAGCUAGUAGUGCUGCUGAGCAGCCUUCCAGCCGAAUACGAGCUGAUAUCGUCGAUCAUCGAGAACGUCAAGGACAUCACGCUCAUCGAGGUGAAAGAGAAGCUGUUGAAGGAGUGUGAACGGUUGGAGAAGAAAGACGCGACUUCGGAACGAGCAUUUAAGGUCAACGCUGGACGUUUCAAGGGCAACAAGAGGAGUGGUCGCAAGUGGAGCGAUCAGAAGAAGAACUCUAGUGGUUUCCAAGGCAAGUGUUUCAAGUGCAACAAAGUUGGGCACAUGAAGCGGGACUGUCAAGAGGGAACAACAGACGGCGGUGCGGUAUUUGUUGUGAGCACAGAACGUGUAAACGGAUGGUUGAUCGACAGCGGCGCGACCGCCCACAUGACCCCGCACCGUUCCGAUCUGUUCGAGUAUGAGAACGUGAAUGGUGGCAUCGAAGUAACAAUCGCUGACGGAAAGAAGCUGCAGGUCACUGGACGUGGUACGGUACGCUUGCUUGGACUGGACGGUAAACGGAUUAAGACGGUUGAAGUUCUUCACAUACCGGGCCUCGGUCGGCGUCUGUUGUCAGUGGGGAAGCUCGCGGAUCGUGGACUGAACGUGGAGUUUCAGCGUUCCUCAUGUGUUAUAUGGGGAGCGGCUAGCGCAAUUGCGAAGGGUAAGAAGGUCGGCAAGGCUUACAUGUUAGACUGUGAACAAGAAGAAGCUCGGUUCGUCCAGUACGCCGGGGCUGACAGCAAGUGGGAGCUUUGGCACGCUCGCCUGGGGCAUCCCAACCAGGAUGCUCUGGAUAAGACAAGGCAUGCCACGAACGGUAUUCCGGCUGUUGGUCAACCGCCCCAGUCUUUGUGCGGCGGAUGCAUGAAGGGGAAGCAAACGGUGGCUAAAUUUCCGCAUUGUUCCAGCUCGAAGACGUCGCGCGUUCUUGAGCUCGUCCACACGGAUAUGAUGGGACCAAUGAAUAAUCCUUCGAAAGGUGGUGCCAAGCAUGUCCUGACGUUCGUGGACGACUACUCGCGCUACGUUGUGGCCUAUUUCUUGAAAAAGAAGAGCGAGGUGGCCAUUAAGCUUAGAGAGUUCAUGACUUUCUAUGAGAAUCAAUGGGGAGAGCGCAUGAAGUGUUUACGAUCGGAUAACGGAACGGAGUUUAUCAACCAAGAGAUGACGAAGAUAUGUAUGCUGAACGGUAUCGUGCACCAACGGACUGUCCCGUAUAGCCCUCAGCAGAAUGGAGUGGCAGAACGGAUGAACCGAACUAUCAUGGAGAGAUCUCGAAGUAUGCUAUACUACAAGGGCGUUCCAAUGGAGUGGUGGGCUGAAGCAGUUAGUACUGCGGUAUAUCUAAUCAACCGUUCCACGAACACGCACAACGCAACCGUAACACCGUUUGAGCUAGGUUUCAAAGUGAAACCUACGCUAGAUCACCUACGCGUAUUUGGUUCUCGCGGGUACGCUCACAUUGACGAAGCGAAGAGGACGAAGCUUGAACCUAAGAGCUUUAGAUGUCUGCUGCUCGGAUACCCAGAAAACGUCAAGGGUUACCGUGUCUAUGACUUGGACGCUUCCAAGGUCAAAGUUUCUCGCUCGGUGAAAUUGGACGAGCGUGAGGUAGAUGGUAUUUACGAUACACUACCUGCUCAGAUUGAAACAGUUAUUCAUGUUAGCACAGACGCCGAUGAUGAAGUCACGCUCGCACCAGUGGAACUUCAACCCGUCGAAGCAGAACCCAUGGAAGGCGUUGAGAACGAAGCACCGGAUGUAGAGAUGGAGAGCAUGCAACCGAUACAGGACGCUAUACCGCCGCUGCUGAUGCCACAAGAACGGUCAGCUACCACUGGAUUUGAGUUGGAACCGUACCGUGGACCACCGACUAUCUUCGAGGACGAUCAAGUGGUGUUCCAUACCCCUAGAGACCGUUUUAGAAGUUCCCGGGAACCAGUCUUCCUUCUUGAAGAGGGAACGGACGCAGAGGAAGAACGGAAGUCGGAAGGAAGAGAUGGACCGUCCUAUCCGAAGCGUGCCAGGAUCGAUGAAGACGGCCUUAUUGCUGAAGCCGUCCUCGCGUACGCAGCAAGCAUUGACACAGUGGAUCUUCCUACAACAUACGCUCAGGCAAUUGCCAGUGAAGAUUCAACACAGUGGCCGUAUGUGGACACCAAACAUCAAUUGGCCGACAUACUGACCAAGGCGCUAGGAUCCAAGACGUUCAAGUUCCUGCGCGAUGCAAACAGUAUCCAGUGCAAAGAAACCAAGCAGUAG